UCACCAAUAACGAGUUAAACACCGAAUCCCAUGGCCAUAAGUUAUAAAUCCAUAACUUUUUAUUGCACUUGUCCCUAUCUUCGCGUAUGUUGUCCUUCCACGGUGUAGUUACGAGAUCAAUCGAUGCCGCUGCUGAGCUCUUCACCGUGAGCUGCGUCCAUCGAGCGGUGACUGAGAGCGAUGCAGCACGUGUCGCACUGUUUAGAAUGAAGCGGCGGCGGCGUAUGUGUCGUUAAUUCUUAAAGCAAUGAGGGUUUCGUUUAACGUACCGCUUCAUCGAACUGGUUUCGUCCUUGUCUGCGUCAUUGGCUCCCUGUGCUGGUGUAUAGCACCCGCUCCUGAGUGUGUGUUUCCAGCCACGGGUCUCGGACCCGCCGCUUGGAAUCACCCGGGAUCUCUCGCUCAGAUGAGGGCAGAAUCGAAGGGUGUCCUUUCUGUUACUGGAAUAUGCGAUAGAAACCCGUGUGGACCCCAUGGCAAUUGCAUCCCAAACCUUAGUACGUACACGUAUACUUGUUCGUGUGAAGGAGGCUACGUGGAAGCAGCAGUCUCCGGUAAGCCAACCUGCCAAAGGAAAGAUCCUUGUGACACCAGCCCCUGUGGAACGAAGGAGGCGGUGAAAGAAUGCAGACCUAACGGGCAGUAUUACGCAUGCAUUUGUCAGGCAGGAUACCAGGUGGUCUCCACGAAUACCGGUUCGAGGUGCCAGCGAAUCAAAUCAACAACUACACCAUGUUCCUCUCAACCGUGUGGUGGGCCAGAGGCGGUAGAAGCUUGCCUCGUGACGGGACCGACAACAUACUCAUGCACAUGUGCAUCAGGCUAUGAAACGAUAACAACGGAGCAGGGAGAAAGGUGCGAGAAAACGGAUCCUUGCUUGAGCAAUCCUUGUGGAGCAUCGAAAUAUGUGCAGUCAUGUACUGCUACGAAUACCGGCUACACUUGCGAGUGUGUAAAGGGAGCAAAGAAAACAGGUUCCGACUCAGCGCCGAUGUGUGUCGCUGGCGAGUCAGACAUGACCCAGUGGUACGUGGCGGGGGGCAUCGGUGGAUGCCUUUGCCUGUUCGCUGUGGUGUAUUUGACCUCUUCCAGGCAAUCCCCAAAUUCUAACGACGCUCUGUAUGCACACGAUUUUGAAGGAAUGUAUUGAUUGCCGUGUGGUGGCAUGCUCAGUAUUUGGGGAUUAUUGCGACAUAGGGUUGAAAAUACAUGGUUGAGUAUGUAGGUGGCUGUGGACGAAUCCGGUCAGCCAAUCACGGGUGUGGCCGCAGGCAAACUAGGUCCCAGAAAGAAAAAUUGAAGUCUAUUGCUUCGAAAGAUCAUCCACCAAUGUAAGAUUCCUGGUGGUGGGCGGAAAGGAACACGGCGCCACUCCACUUUCUGUGGAUAAACAAUUCUCGUAAGGAAUUUCUUACAUUUCAUGUAGAUAGCAAGGGAAAUGGACCGUCCCCCACGCCACCCAGUCCCAUGAUUCCAUGGAUGGGUGACCACAUUCAAACCUAUAUGAAGAAAGAGCAUGGACAGUCAAAUCAUGCUUAACGAGACUGAUUGACGAACGCAUUUCGUUAUAACGGUAAAGAUCUUCAUCCAUCUCGGCUACCGUGCGGUAAAAACAGAACUGAA